CAGCCAGGGGGACGCGAGAGCGGCUGCACUUUCCUGUCCUCCCACCGAGGAGAGCGGAGGAGCAGCGGGCAGUGGCCUGGCGAGUUUCCCCGGAGAGGAGCCGGAUUCCGGUGCAGGGACGGAGCGAGGAGUCAGAGCAGGGUGAGGUAAAAAUGGAAGAGCAGGGACCGAGGAGACCCAUUCAAAGGGAGAGCCUGGAGUGCAAAGGAAAAAGAUCUCCUGCAGGCCAAGUUGAGACAUUCAUGGAUCUUCUGCCUCAGGCAGAUUUAUGUCAAAUUAAGCAUGAGCCAGAGGAGGAGGAGCCGCAGCAGCACUGGGAUGCCCAGUGGCAGGAUUUCCUGAAGACGAUGCAACCCCCUCGUUCAAGCUGGGAAACCCCACAGGCUCCCAGUCCUCCCCACUCCGGGGAUGGUGUCCUCCUGGCCUCCUUCAGGGGAGCUGCAGAUGACAGCCGGUGGCCCAGCGGGAGAGCAGGGGGGACACACCAGACCCUGCUCCCAGACACUGAGGGGCUUCUGGGAAAGGAUUUGUGGCCUAUGGAAGAUGUGGUUAUUAAGUCCCCAAAGUCUGAGCAGGAUCCCUUGGACACAAAUAAUAUCCAUCCCUCUGCAAAGGCUGAAGGAGAGAAUGAAGAAGAGGCCAACUUUCUAGAUCAGAAUUUUAUGGAGCCAUCUGUGAAUUCAUUGGAAAGAACAAAGAAACAGUUUAAAUGCAUGGAAAGUGACAUGUGCUUUAGCCACAGUGGAAGUCUGAAGAUACAUCAACGAACUCACAUGGGGGAGAAACCAUUUGAAUGUAUUGAUUGUGGAAAGAGCUUCAGUACAAGUGGAUCACUUAAAAUACAUCAGCGAACUCACACAGGGGAGAAACCAUUUAAAUGUAUUGAAUGUGGAAAAAGCUUCAGUGAUAGUGGAACACUUAGAAGACAUCAACAAACUCACACAGGUGAGAAACCAUUUGAAUGUGGAAAAAGCUUUAGUCUAUAUGGAAACUUUAAAAGUCAUCAACAAACUCACACAGGGGAGAAACCAUUUAAUUGUAUGGAGUGUGGAAAGAGUUUCAGUCAAAGUGGAAAUCUUAGAAUACAUGAACGAACUCACACAGGAGAGAAACCAUUUAAAUGUAUUGAAUGUGGAAAGAGCUUCAGUCAAAGUGGAGCACUUAGAAUGCAUCAACAAACUCACACAGGGGAGAAACCAUUUAAAUGUAUUGAAUGUGGAAAGAGCUUCAAUCAAAGUGGAGCACUUAGAAUACAUCAACAAACUCACACAGGGGAGAAACCAUUUAAAUGUAUUGAAUGUGGAAAGAGCUUCAGUAAAAAUGAAGCACUUAGAGUACAUCAACGAACUCACACAGGGGAGAAACCAUUUAAAUGUAUUGAAUGUGGGAAUAGCUUCAGUAAAAAUGAAGCACUUAGAGUACAUCAACGAACUCACACAGGGGAGAAACCAUUUAAAUGUAUAGAAUGUGGAAAGAGCUUCAAUCAAAAUGGAGCACUUAGAAUACAUCAACAAACUCACACAGGGGAGAAACCAUUUAAAUGUAUUGAAUGUGGAAAGAGCUUCAGUCAAAGUGGAGCACUUAGAAUACAUCAACGAAGUCACACAGGGGAUGAACCAUUUAAAUGUAUUGAAUGUGGAAAGAGCUCAAGGGAUAGUUGGACACUUAGAAUACAUCAACGAACUCACACAGGAGAGAAACCAUUUGAAUGUAUUGAAUGUGGAAAGAGCUUCAGUACAAGUGGAUCACUUAAAAUACACCAGCGAACUCACACAGGGGAGAAACCAUUUGAAUGUAUUGAAUGUGGAAAGAGCUUCAGUGUAAGUGGAUCACUUAAAAUACAUCAACGAACUCACAUGGGGGAGAAACCAUUUGAAUGUAUGGAAUGUGGAAAGAGCUUCAGUGAAAGUGAAACACUUAGAAAACAUAAAGAAACUCACACAGGUGAGAAAUCAUUUAAAUGUAUUGAAUGUGGAAAGAGCUUCAGUCAAAGUGGACACCUUAGAAGACAUCAACGAACUCACACAGGGGAGAAACCAUUUGAAUGUAUGGAAUGUGGAAAGAGCUUCAGUGAAAAUGGAGACCUUAGAAUACAUCAACGAACUCAUACAGGAGAGAAACCAUUUGAAUGUAUUGAAUGUGGAAAGAGCUUCAGUAUAAAUAGAGACCUUAGAAUACAUCAACGAACUCACACAGGGGAGAAACCAUUUGAAUGUAUUGAAUGUGGAAAGAGCUUCAGUAGAACUGGAUCACUUAGAAUGCAUCAGCGAACUCACACAGGGGAGAAACCAUUUAAAUGUAUUGAAUGUGGAAAAAGCUUCAGUAGAACUGGAUCACUUAGAAGACAUCAGCGAACUCACACAGGGGAGAAACCAUUUAAAUGUAUUGAAUGUGGAAAGAGCUUCAGUAUAAAUAGAGACCUUAGAAUACAUCAACGAACUCACACAGGGGAGAAACCAUUUGAAUGUAUUGAAUGUGGAAAGAGCUUCAGUAGAACUGGAUCACUUAGAAUACACCAGCGAAAUCACACAGGGGAGAAACCAUUUAAAUGUAUUGAAUGUGGAAAGAGCUUCAGUCAAAGUGGAGCACUUAGAAAACAUCAAACUCACACAGGGGAGAAACCAUUUGAAUGUAUUGAAUGUGGAAAGAGCUUCAGUAACAAUGGAGCACUUAGAAAACAUCAGCAAACUCACACAGGGGAGAAACCAUUUAAAUGUAUUGAAUGUGGAAAGAGCUUCAGUAACAAUGGAGCACUUAGAAAACAUCAGCAAACUCACACAGGGGAGAAACCAUUUGAAUGUAUUGAAUGUGGAAAGAGCUUCAGUCAAAAUGGACACCUUAGAAAACAUCAGCAAACACACAGUAUGAAACCUACAGAUGUAUUGAAUGUGGAAAGGGCUUCAGAGGGAGUGGAGACCUUAAUAUUCGUUAGCAAAUUCACACAGGGGGAACCCAUAUAAAUAUAUGGAGUGUUUAACUCAGGGUUCACUUACAUCAAUAAACUCAUAAAGGGGGAAAUCAGUUGUAAAUGCAUGGAAUGAGGAAUCUGUUGAGUUUUAAGUUCCGCCCUUCACUGUCAAAAUGAUAGGCUGCCCAGGAUUUUGGGUAUAAUGUCGUAAUGGAGCAAUAGGAAAGACUGUGUGGGGUGGAUUUGUUAAUGUAUAGCUUGGUUGAGCAAGAAUUUUUGUGGCUAGAAAUUGGAAAAGUAAAAAUAUACCCAGCAUAACGGAUUGGCAAACCUUAAUGUUAGAGUACCUACAGUUGGUAAAAUCAAUGGGAAGAAUAAGAGGACAAACGAAACAAAUAACGCAGAAGGAAUGGAGGAUGUUUAAAGAAUAUUUAUCUCAAAUCCUAAUAGCAGAUCUAAGCUGAACCUGGUAUAAACAAUAACAAAGAAAGAGGGGGGGGGAGAAAGAAAGAAAGAAAUGAAAUAGCAAGUAGAUAGUUACAACUGUGCGAUAAAAUAAUGAAAUCAUAUAAACUACAGAGAGAGUAAUUGAAAAUGGUUUUUUUGUUGUUGAUGUAUUUUUCUUUUUUUAAUCCUUCUCUUUUUUCCUUUUGAUUGUAUUUUUUUGUAUAAAUAUAUGUUGUGAAAGGUGUAAGUAAGGUGCAAAGUAUAUAUGCCGUAUUUUAAACUAUUAAAACAAUAAAGAAUUUAUUUUAAAAAUAUAAAAAAUGAUGGGCUGCCCUUGUCUUGUGAAUCAGCAUUCCAGAUGCUCAUUACUUGAACUUUGCAUAAUCCAUUGAAGACCUUUUUACUGAUAGCAUUUUCCAGCUGAAUGUAAAGGUCUCUGUGUUAAAUGUUAAUUUGGGUUCCUUUUAAAACUCAUCUCCUAUUUUCUGUGCUUGUUUUGAGCUUUUUAUAUUAAAUAUUUUCUGCAUUGGCUUUUGACCUGUGGAAGGUGACCUGUGAGGGUGUUUUUUGUGCUUCUUAGUUCACAUAAAUAUUUUAAAGGAAUGUGUGAAAGAAUUAGGGCUAGGGACUGAGGAGUGGGGGGCAUAAUAGUUGUGAAUGCAGGAGUUGGAGAGGGAGAGAAGAGAACUUCAGUCAGGGCUGUGGCUAAAGGCCUUGGUCCAGCUUUUCUGGGAAUUGUAGUCUCAGGGUUUCCAAUUGUAUGUGGCUGAGGAGGCUCAGAAACGUAUGAGAGGGUCCUCCCAGAACCACAGUUCCCAGAGUUUGUGGGAAAUGAAGAUGACUGCCAAGUCUCUGGACAGAGGUUGGCAACCUAAGGUCAGUGGGCCAGUUCCGGCCAGAAUGGGUUUUGUAUCCGGCCCACGGACAGUCCAGAAAUCGCCACAUGGUUCUGAUUCAUAUCAUUUGGGCUGCACCAUUUUUUCCCUCUCUCUACCUGACAGUGACGCCUCCUCCCUCCCUCCUCCUGGCUUCUGGCUUCUCCCCGCCCUGCAGAGGAAGGGGGCUAGUCAUUGAUUGGUGCCAGCUGCAUUGUUUCCCUCUGAUUGGUUGCAGCUUUCUUUCCUCCUCCCUCCCCCCUUCUCCUAGAGCCAAGAGGAAGGGGCCUGGGCUUUGUUUGUGCCAGCGUGAUUGCUUAAUAGCGGCCAUUUAAAGCUGCUCGUCCCUCCCCUGCUCACUGCUCCUUUUGCCACCACCACCAAAGCGGGGCCCGAGAGCCCCAAGAGUGAGCAGGGUGGCAGACGUGGGUACUAUUGGUGUGUUCACUUCCUCCAUUGCACAAAGCUUCUAGAUCCGGCGGACUCUGAGCGAUCAAUUUCUCCUUAAAAAAGAAGAAAUUUGGACAAUUUGGAUACCGUGAGUAAAAAGGAUAAAUUUUAAAGUUGAUCAGGACUUUAAUUCGGUCAAGGAAGAGAUUCUAAAAAGGAGAUCAGUCCUUUUCCGCUGUGGCAAAGUGAAAGCAAUUGAACGUUUACUGCAGCCGGGAGAGAAAUAUUUUACUGCUAAACUUCAAAAUUCUGAACUUUAAAAAUCCCCCCUGAGGCAGGGUUAGGGGGCAAGAGAUAAAAUUGAUGUAGAACCUGCGAUAACAGGAAUUUUUUUUUACAAUUUUUUCUCUCUCUGGAAGUGGAGACCAGGUCAGAGCAGCUAGACUCCAUUGUGACCUCAUAAUAGAGAGGAUACUUUUAACUUUUGUUUUCCUAUUUGGAGCUUUAGAAGUUACUGUAGCGUCUGAACUGCUAUAAUUGGAUUACAAUUUUACUAUAUUGCAACAUAUAAACCUGUUCUUCUGUUUGGAAACAUAAAUUGCCUUCUCAGGCACAGAAAAUACAUUUAAACUGUCUGCUUAGACUGAUGCUGUUGUAUUACUUCCAGCUAUCUGUUGCUGGCUGUUUGCUAUAUAAUGGCUUGACCUUGAAACUCUCAGCUGCCAGCUGCUGUUUUUGUUAUGGCUGCAGAACCAACUCCAAGUGUAAAACAAAAAAUAGCAACAAGGAGGGCCUCCAGAGAUCAGUCAUUUGAAGAACAAGUUUUAUGAAUUUUGGGAGAAAUUAGAAAAGAAGUCCUUAGAAAGCACUGGGCCUUAGAAAGCACUGCUAAUAACAAGGCCAGUGGAAGUGAUGAUAUUCCAGCUGAACUAUUUAAAAUUUUAAAAGAUGAUGCUGUUAAGGUGCUACACCCAAUAUGCCAGCAAGUUUGGAAAACUCAGCAAUGGCCAGAGGAUUGGAGAAGAUCAGUCUACAUCCCAAUUCCAAAGAAGGGCAGUGCCAAAGAAUGCUCCAACUACCGCACAAUUGCGUUCAUUUCACACGCUAGCAAGGUUAUGCUUAAAAUUAUACAAGGCAGGCUUAAGCAGUAUGUGGACCGAGAACUCCCAGAAGUGCAAGCUGGAUUUCGAAAAGGCAGAGGAACCAGAGACCAAAUAGCAAACAUGCGCUGGAUUAUGGAGAAAGCUAGAGAGUUCCAGAAAAACGUCUACUUCUGCUUCAUUGACUAUGCAAAAGCCUUUGACUGUGUCGACCACAGCAAACUACGGCAAGUUCUUAAAGAAAUGGGAGUGCCUGAUCACCUCAUCUGUCUCCUGAGAAAUCUCUAUGUGGGACAAGAAGCUACAGUCAGAACUGGAUAUGGAACAACUGAGUGGUUCAAAAUUGGGAAAGGAGUACGACAAGGUUGUAUAUUGUCUCCCUGCUUAUUUAACUUAUAUGCAGAAUUCAUCAUGCGAAAGGCUGGACUAGAUGAAUCCCAAGCCGGAAUUAAGAUUGCUGGAAGAAAUAUCAACAACC